CAGCUCGCGACGACGCUUAUCGGGCACUUGUUCCCAACCGCGGACGCGCGCGCGCAAAAACUCCCAACGGCGCGUAAUUUCGCAUCGUAACGCUUCCUUUUUUCCCUCUUUCUCUUCCAUCUAACACUCGCAGAAAGACGGCCGAGUAGCCUAAAAGAAUUCCCGAAUUCUCACGUUCAUUCUCUCUCCUUCUUCGGCACUCAUUGUUUCUCUCGGAUGUGUACAACACACAUCGCCCGCGCCGAUGCCCUCCUUCUCUCUUCUCUCCUCAUUUUACGAUUAUUAUUCAGGUGCUCGGCGGGUUCACGGGUGGACGUAAGCCAAGCCAGUGCACAGUCCAAACGGGUUCUGAGCGAAGAGGAUGACAAGCCCGCCGGCGGAACAGGGAGCAAAAAGCGCGCGCGUUCGUGCGAGAGAGAUCGCGACAAAGGCACCGUUAAACCCGUUUGCCGAAUCGAUUUCGCGGUAAGACCAUUUUGCCCUCGCCAAUAGUGCGUACUUCUCGAGCGCGAGCUUCCAAUUUGUCUACUUUAUUUUCGGGGAUAUCGGCUUGCUUCCGAUAAUCCGCCGGGCCUUUCCUCGGCUCCCUCUCGUCUUAUCCCGUUAAAAAGGCGCGAUCUUAAUUGGUUUUAUCAUUUUGGUAAAAACGAUCGCAUUAUCGACGCGCGAGCCGCCGAGUCUAAUAUGGCAAAGCGCGAAACGAACAGGCGUUAGCGGUGCGCUGCGCGUUGCGCAACGAACUUUAACACUUUCUUCGAUAUCACGGCGCACUUUUACCUCGCGUCGCCCCCUCGAUCUCUCGGUGCACAUAUAGGUGCAGAGGCACGCAACGCCAGCGGCGCAGUCGAGCUUUCCCAUGGCAUGCGCCGCAGUCGCCGCAAAUCGCUCCGAUUGCGUCGAGUCACGUUCGACCGAGUGUGUAGCAUGUGCACGGCGUGUAGCGCACGCGGUCGGCGCUGCGGAUCCGAAGAGAGUAGAUUGUUGAAAGAGCGAGAUUUAUACGGACACUCUUUGCACUCUGCUUGUUUACGAGUAUCGGAAUAAGUACGCGAGAGAGCGAGAGACGAUCCCGUAUGUUAUUGCCGUGCGGCGCGCGUCUAUGGAUGUGUGUGAUCGGCGGAGCGGGAGAGGCUUUGCGGAUACCGUUAGACCAACAGCUGAGCGAGUGUGCGAGCUCUUUGUUUCUUAUUUGGCCGCGGUUUUGGUGCUCUUGCGGAACUUAAUUAGCGGCGCCGGGAAAAUGGUGCAGCGGAAACUUUCGAGAGAGAGAGAGAGAGAGAGAGCGAGGAUGUCGCCGCGUAGGCAGCUUGUAAAUCACGCGACGCGCUUAUCGGCGAUCGAUGAUAAAUCAAGCUGACCCACAUAAAAAUUGCAUACGAUUAUGCGCGAGAGCGCGAGGAAAAAGGCAAUUUGCACGGCGCGGACGAUUAGAGCGCUGAUCGAUCGGCCGCGAGGUGUGCAAAUUGAAAAAACGAGUUUUAAUCAUUCUGAAUUUUCUUCCGAAUCACAAUACAUGACGCGCGCGGCGGAUAACGGAUUUCGACGCGAACCGUAUACUCCCGUAUGCAGCGCGCGACACAGGUGCCUAUCGGGCUUUCGCGCGACAGAGCUGCCAGCUGCGCCGGCCUCCUGCUCGCCUGGUAGAGCGGCGAUCAAGACGUUUGCGCAAAACGCGUGACGCUCGAUUCUUUGUUAUCCCGGCUGUAGCUCGACCUGCUUGGGAGUCCACGAGGGAGCUCGCCGAAAAUUAAAAAGCCCAUAGUGGCGGCGCAUGCAGGCCAUCGAAGCCGUCCAGUCGAUCGUGGCGCGAGUGUGUUUGCGCCGAGACGUACGCGUCGGUGCAACAAGUCGCGCGCAGACGUAACGCCAGGCGCGUACCCGGAGAGCAGGAGUCGAGUGCGCGUCGUCCGAUGCCGCCUCCCUGCGCCAGGUUCGCGGGCAUGUGGCUCGGCGCUCACGCUUGAGUGAGUGAUUCGUCGUGCCGAGAAGGAGGCUGGUGCGGAUAAUUUAUCGGGAAAAAUGAGGAAUUACAACGCAUUAAUAGCACAGCUCGAUCCUCUCUAGCCUUUGUCUCUCUUUGUACGUGCCGGCUCGAACAAUCGCGCGUCCCCCCCCCCCCCCCCUUCUCUAUCCAUAUAAUUUCCACGCGAUUAACGAUUCGAUUGCCCGAGCGCAUAACAACGCGCGUGGGUUAUAUACCAUCGAACGUCUCAAUUCAAGCCCCACUCGACGCGCGGCAAAAAUGAAAAUCGCACGAAUCCCCGAGGGAGGGAUUGAUACCGCAAAAAGAAGGUCCUUGUAACGCACACCUAUAUACACGGCGUGGGUGACCGGCGCCGAAGCCGAAGCUUUCACGAAAUCGCUGGCGCGCGGCUUACGCAACGUACAUGCCAGGAGCUGCGAAUUCCGAAUCGGGAUCGGGACUUAAAGCCGGUGUACGAAAAUUCAAUAUAAUGCGUAUUACGUGUAAACGGCCUCGCUCUCUUGGCGAAAAUCGCAAUUACACAAUGCGGCGCGUGUUUGAGUGCGCUGAGGAGCGUAAGUAACGCGGAAGGAGAGUCGCGCGCGCUCGGAGCACGUGUACACUCGGGGGACCUUUGAAAGGGCCCGCGGGUAGACGAGAGCGCUUUGUCGGCGAGCCGGGGUAGACGCACGCGCAGGAAUUAUCUCUCGAGCGCGUAUGACGAGUUCAUUCCGCGUGCAUAUUCUUCUCUCGUUAGCGUCGUAAUUCAAUCGCGAAGUGAAAAUGGAGUACGGCAGAAAGAAAGCGGCGGCGACGGAAAAACGAAGCAAAAAGCCGAGCCGUUCAUUUUCACAUUAGGCACGGCCGCCUGCGGCCGGUUUAUCGAAAACCGUUUUCCUGCGCAGCGAAGAUCGCCGCCGUGAAGCGGAACGCGCCGCAGGGCGAUUAUCACCUGACGGCGGCGGUGGCGGCGGCAGUCGUUCCGCGAUGUGAAAACAAAUCGAGCGUCUAUCGUUUAACCCAGAUCGCCGCGAGACCGGCACCGGCUUCUAUAAUUUGUCGCCGCUGUACCCGUAUAAACGCGAGCGAAGCGAGGAGCCGAGUAAAAGGGGAAAUCCGCGCGACGACGAAUAUUUUCAUUGAAGCUCUUUACAAGGCCGUAAACGCGCACACGCGGCCACAAUAAUAACGCAAAGUAAACACGGCAGCUGGAAUCUGGUCCGGUUUUUUUUUUCCCCUCGCCGCAGCGGACGAGCGCGCGCGUCACAAUGCCGCAUAUAAAAGUCCUUGCAAGUUAGCCCGCGCGCAGGACGCGUAAUAAGCCUUCUUCGGCGGAAAAUUGGAAACGGGAGUAGCGGCUGGACUACUUUCGCGCCUGUGUGCCUAUAAAUAAUAUAUCAAGCCUGUGCAGUGAAAUCGCCGGCGCUGUAGGUGCGGGGCAAAAAGUUGCCUUUCGGGGAGGAAAAAUCACGCGGGGAGAGAUGUAAAUGUCGCCGCUCGUUUUGCUCUCGUCGAGCCGCGUAGUGAAACUCGAUCUAGAAACUCCGCGGAAUUUAUAACGAGUGUAUAUAUCAUCGCGAUUAUUUCGCAGAGUUACGGGCACGUGUCCUCCCGAUAUAUCGUCUGCUCUCUCUCUCUCUCUCGUAGGCGUGAACGAAAAGCAUAGGAGACUUUCCAGGAAUUAACGGGCGCAAAAACGUACUCGGCGCUUUUUCGCAAUCCGAGAGCGGCCGAGAGCUCUCGUGUUCCGAAGAAAUCGCUAAUUUGUUGCACUCGGCUCGAGCCGCUCGCAUGAUCGACUGCUGUGGGACAGCCGAUGCGAGCCGCUGAGAAUAGCUGAGAAUAGCUCAAAGAGAUGCGCCGAUCAAUCUUGCGGAUGAAUGUACGCGGCGCUACUUGCUGAAACGGACUCGCGAGCGGUCUUUUCUAUUCGGAUGACGCUCGCCUUGAAAAAAAUAGUAUGCGUUUUACGUAAAGAGCUGCGAACUCUUGCUUUCAUUAAAACUCGUUAGAGCGCUCCAUCCGGGAGUGUUGUGCAGGCCAACACGCUCGGCUGCGGCUGCUCGCUUUCUUCGCUCGAAAUUUCAAGCCGCACACGGAGUGUCCGUACGCCUGUCGCCCCGUAAGGAAGGGAAAAAAAGAGCGAACACGACGAAUAGGAUGCACUCUUAUCUCGCGUCGCCGCAUCGAUUUUCCCUUUUUCCGCUCCGCGUUGUUUUGCGCGUGUACAAGCCUUUCUCUGCACUCCUAGGAGAAGGUGAUUCAAGCCGCGUGUUUGUUUAACGACUGUCGUUGGGAAUUAAUCGGCGGCGUGACUUUGAAAAAACGGAUCGGCGAAUUUAUGACAGAGAGCCAAUCCAUCCUCGAAAGAAAGCGUACCAGCUACGGAAAGCCGGCAAGAGAGGUAAACCUGCACUGGUCUUGGCAUUGCCCCCGUACAAGUUUAGCCUCUGCGGAAACUUAAAAUGACACCGAGUCUCUGCUCGGCUCGUUUAAUGCACUUCGAGGACAGUACCUUUGUACGCGAGCCGCUUCGCUUGGUUGCGAAAAGAGUUGACGCGCUCCGGUUGUGUAUAUACGACGUCGUCGCAGUCGUUAAGGUUACGGACUCGCAUAAAGAGAGCCGCUGACCGUAGACUAUGCACUCACGUACGACGACCUUCCUAUCCCUUUGUCUCUCGCUCGGGCUUGCGACAUGUCGAGCCGCAAAAAUUCCGCUUAUCCAUUGGAAAUCUUAUCCGCGUGCGCGGCCGAAAAAAUGAAAGGGGAAGCGCGCGGCACGAUCGCGCCGCUGGAUGCAGAGAGAGAGAGAGAGAUAGUUGCAGAGCUUAUGUAACGCGAGCUGCAGUGCCGGCGCGCAAUUGCAUUUCAUUCAGGAAAGGCCGCUGCUUUUCUUUGAAAAAACUAGUCGAUCUUCGUUCCGACACAGCGCUGGGAGAAAUCGGAAUCGGAAGUGCGUGCUGGUUCAUUGGAAACGUACAGCUGGUUCCGUAUCGCAUUGUGGGAUUUUCCCGGCUAAUUGAAAACGCGCGAGGGUAAUCGUUGCGGCGUGUGCACAGCUGUCAGGCCGUCUAAUAGACGAGUCGAUCAAGUGGAAAAGCACACUUCGCUUGCGUCAUUACACCACUCACAUUGUCAUAUGACAUCCCGCCAUAAAUCUGUCAAAUUCAAAUUCUCGCGUACACGAGCGAGCUGCGGCGCAGGUACGAUAGAGCAGAAAACUAUAUCGAUAAAGCUCAUUCAAUUUAGAUUGCAUCUCGGCUACAAGUGAACAAACGUGUAAAGCCGCUUAUCUUAUCGAUACCCACCGCCGACUGGCUGUUUUUAUUGGCUGUUUUUUUUUUUCGCUCACGACAUCUCUAUUUUUAGUAAAAACGGUAAUGCCCCAAUCAAGAUCGGCGAUAGACCUGCGCAGAAUUAACGAGAUCGGCCCGCGCGAUAACGGCGAGGUCCGAAAGAGCUGCCCAUCUCUCUCGGAGUAUAGGCGAAGCGCAGAAAAGAGCGUCGUCGCGCGCGAUAAUGAACUUGGCGCGAGAGCGCUAUCAGUCGGCGAUAAGCGCGAGCGAGCUAAUUUCGAGGAGGAAAGCGAAAAGCUCCGCGUGCGCGCGGGGGCGGCGAGGAGGAGGUAGGUGCACGCAGGUCGAGCGAGAGGGAGGAGAAACCGGAAGAGCGUUUGGAAGCGUAUGGCUCGCGGCAGAGGAGAGCGGCUCGGCCGUCCGCAGUCGGUUCUCUCGCUCGCGGACGGAGAGUCGCGGUUUUCGCUGCGGUCGGGGCCCGUCCUUUCGACCAAGUUCUUCGAGCCGCGUGUGAAGUGAACUCGGUGCUGCUGCUGUGCUUCGCGAAGAGAAGAAGUGCGCGCGCGCGCGCGGAUGUUCCUUGUGAAGGGGGGACUUGGAAGGCAGUCGGCCCGAGUCGAUUCUCGAUCGGCGCGUGAAUCGUUAUCGUAAACGAAGCGAGUCGCUUUUGUUUGCUCGAGUCGGCCUUUUUUAUCAGUCGCGCGACACCUGCGCGUACGUAAAAGUGAAAACGCCGCAACAACGAUAACUCGGAAGAUCGAGUGAAACGAAACGACUAGCGACGGUUUCUAAUUUCCCAAAUUUCUUUCUCUUGCUCGCUCGCUCGCUUUUAUGAGGAUUUUAGUACACCUCGUGCUUCCGAAGCAUCUCUCCUUACGAAAAUAGAAUCUAAAAUCAACGAAAGUACAGCUGCGCUGUAUAAAGGUUUUCGAGGCAUCGCCGCCGCCGUGUAAUUCUCCAAGACGGAGAAAAGAGAAAAAGAGCCGCGCUAGACACAUUGUGCGUGCUCGCGCGCACAUGCGGCUCGUGAUUUCACGAAAAUUACACGCUCGGGCCGUUAGCGAGGCAGAGGCUACCGUUAACCCGUUUACCGUAAACGCACUCUGUCAUUCCUAAGGCCGAGUCUAAGCCCCCGUGGAAGCGCGUAAUUGCGCCGAUGACGAGCUCAUGUACACAGUCCGAAUAUUCGGAUACAUUUUUUUCCUUCGACGGCUGCGCGAACUCGUCGACGAUCACGAUGAUUGCGCUAAUUGCCCGCGUACGUGUCUCGGGAAUUUAAUAACCAGGCGCGUUGUUGGUACGCUCGAUCGCUGCAAUUACCGCCACGCCGAGCCUGCGUGAAUAACGAAAUGAAAAGGAUCCAUAAAUUACCGCCUCGCGUCGGCCUAUCCGCUCUAUACACCUCGUGAAGAAGACAAAAAAAAGAAAAAAAAGAAGAGGAAACGCAUAACAAAGAGCGGCGACGUAUCAUCGCCCGUAUGGUCCUUGACAUGCAGCAGCUCGCCGUCAUCUCUGCCGCUUCUGCUCGCUGAAAAUCGAGAUCGUCAUUAUCAGCGGCGUAGCUCGAGGUGACAUCGCGUAAGACGAGAUAACCUGCGCGCAAGGACACGGCCGUCGUCGCUACAGUAAUAAUUACUCUGUGUGUAGCGAGUCGGACGGAAACGACAUAAAAAUCGACUGGAACCAAUAAAAAUUUGCUUGAUCGGGCGAGCGACUUGGAAUUUCGCGCGGCAUUAUCGUGCAGUUCCGCGCGCCGGUUUUUUAUCGGUCGGGCGAUGAUGAGCCGGGCGCGUAUACGCAUUACGCGCAGGUAUACGGGUUACGCGGAGAUCGCGUAGAAAGGAUCUGAAAUUUCAAAAGCCGCGCGCGCUUCCAAACCUAAUAAAUAAACCAUAGGCCUCGUAAGUAAGAGUGAAAAAAGAAAGCAUUGAAUUACCGCUAGGCUCGGCUAUCGGCCGGAAUCUCGGAAAAAAUAACGAAUUUUACGGAAGGCGGGCAUUUCCUCGAGCUUUCGCCGCGCAAUUAGGCUUCUCGGAGCUGCCCCGGCGCGCUCGGUGAAUCGCCAGAAGCGUGACGUUGACGAUUGCCGAUCGCGCAGCAACGCGUAGCAUUGUGUAGCGAAAAAUCCAUUGUUACUGCUCUGCGGACAAUUCAAGGCGAAUCGCGCGCUGCGUUUUUCGGCCGUGCACUUUCGGCAGAAGUGACGUUGCGCAACGAGCGAGGUGUACUAAUUUAGCUCUAUAUCCGCGAAGAGAAAGAGAAAGGAUCCGCUCUGCAAUCACGAAAAUGUCCAAUUCAGCGAGUGUAUAGACCGGCAGCGACAUCACCGGAACCGCGGCGGCACAAAGAAGGGCGAAAGCUGCAGCGCUCGCGCGAGACAAAAGGAAGAAAGGAGCAAGAUGCUGGGCCUAUCGGCCAGCCGAUCGCGCCUCAGAGGCGAGAAAAGAAGAGGGAUUCGGUGGGAGGAAUAGCUACUCGCGGGUGUAUUGAUAUUCGAGCGAGGGGAGGCUGAGUCCAAGGUCAGAUACAUUGCUACACAAGCGCGUUCGGUGCAUGUGGCAACACGUAGGAUGUCCUGCAGAAAGAAAAUAGACUCUAAGAUAUGGAACGAGUGGACCGAGUACACCCAGAUGAUGGAGUCGGAGGUGCGGAGCCUGCGGCAGGAGGUCGCGCACACGCAGGACUCGCUGCGCGCGGCGACCCGGCGCUGCCGCGAGCUCGUCCGCGAGCUCGACGGCCUCAGCGCUGAGCACGAGCGCGAGCGGCUGCUGCGCGACCAGCAGCUCUCCCGCAUCCUGCGCGCCCUCCUCGUCCUCGAGUCGCGGCUCAAGCAGGAGCAAAAGUCCAUCCGGCAGCUGCUCUGCGAGAAGGACAACGUCAUCCGGAACCAGCAGCUCGAGAUCGCCAAGCUCAGGCGCUACACCAAGAGCUACAUCAAGGGCCAGCGGGAGCAGCAGGCCUGCUGCGCCGGCAUCCAGGACCCCGGCAACGACCUCCAGGUACGUCCCGUGUCAAUGCAGCCGCGGCUGGUCCCACCGAUAAUGCGACGAUCCCAGCCGCAGGAGCACGAGAGCGGCCUGAGCAAGGACAUCCAGAAGCUCAAGUGCGAGAUCAUCACGAAGCUGAACGAGGGCCUGGACGCGGGCCAGCAGCAGCGCGCGAGCAGCAACAUCCGCAAGACCCACAGCUUCGCGGGCAGCGACAUCUCCAAGGCGAGCCUGACCUCGAGCGAGCACACCGACGCCUCGAUCAUCACGACGACGACCGACGGCAGCCCCUCGCUCCUCAGCACCGAGGGCUUCUGCGAGGGCGACUCCACGGACGUCUCGCCGGGCUCGACCCUGAACAAGGGCAGCAGCAGCCGCUGCACGCCGACCAUCCUCACGACCGACAGCGAGAACGAGGUGACGAUGCUCAUCCUCGAGGACGGACAGCCGGCCACCAAGCCCGGCAUCGCCCGCUCCGAGAGCAAGGACGACGGCAUGGACUGCAACUACGCCUCCGACGAGGACGAGGACGAGCCCAUCUACGAGAACAACAAGCGCAACCUGCAGCCGCUCAACAACAACGGCCUCGCCGCGACCAGCGAGGACUGCAGCAACAACAACGUCCAGGUGAGGCUCGACGAGCAGAACCACGACGAGUCCUCGGGCAACUGGUACAGCGACCCGGACGAGGACCGGCUGAACGACGAGAUGCUGCGGCACAGCGUCUACCGGCCGAACGGCAACCACAACUCGGUGCUCGAGUGCGUCAACCAGAUCCUGCUGCGCGACAUGGAGGACGAGGAGAACGUCCUGUCGGUGCCGCGCAGGUUCAAGCACCGCGGCAAGAUCGUGCGCUUCCAGCCCGCCAGGCUCUCCGACAUCGAGUCCGUCGGCUCCGAGAUGGAGAGGCGGAACUCGGAGGAGCCCAGCCACGCGGGCGUCCCCCAGACCGCGACCAGGCUCGCGGCCACGCAGCAGCAGCAGCAGCAGCAGCAGGACGGCGACGACCACGAGCCCGAGCCGUCCGUGGACGGGUUCGAGGCGACCAACUCCGAGGACGAGUUCGGCAUGAGGAUCGUCCCCGUCCUGGACCCGGAGUCCGGACUGGAGGAGGACGUGGACGACUCGAAGGCUCGGCCGAUCGUCAUCAUCGAGCCCUGCGUCCCGGCCGAGGAGCCGCUCAACAACUCCAACAUUCUGAGCUCGCUGACGCAGAGCGGCAGCAAGCCCUCGAGCCCGACCUCCCUGCGCAUGGAGAGAAUCGAGGAGAAGACCUGUCUGCAGAUGUCCGGCAAGGGGCUGACGAUAGCCAAGAAUCUCGACUACGAGGACAUCGACUCCCUGCCCGAGAUCAUCUCGCCGCCCCGGAAAGUACCCCCGGCGUUGCCCCCCAAGCCCCAGUUCCGCAACAACACGCUGAUCUUGAAGAAAAUACCCAGUCCGUCCUUCCUGAUCGACGAGACCUCGCGGAAGAAGCAGAACGUCCCGGUCGAUCCGACCCAGACCCCCAGUCGGACCAUAUUCGGCCUGAGCGGCAAGAAUCCGCUGAUGACGCCGACCUCGGUGCGCAGCUUAAAGUUCGACGACAUCCCGAGGAAGAACAACAACGACGAGGCCAGCAGUUUCUGGAAGAACCGCUUCAACAACGUGCGCUCGUCCUUCACGCUUCACAAGAGCACCAACGACCUGUCGCGGUCGUCGCCGGAGCCGCGCAACCAUCCGCCGAAGGUCACCAACAUCGUGCGGCACUUCGAGGAGUUCAAGAUCGAGGGCGGCAACGAGCUCAGCAACGAGCCGCCGAAGAAGCCGACGAGCCAGCCGCCCACGGAGUUCGACGUCGACGAGUACGACAUCCAGCAGAACUUCGAGGAGUUCAAUUUGGACGAGUGCGACCUGUCCGACGACCCGGAUCGGCCCGAGGCCGACGGCUCCGAGACCUUCGCUGGCCUCAACAGCAACGGCAGCACCACGACCAGCCUGACACCGAGCGACAUCUCGGCGCUGGGUAAGAACCUGGAGAACAACAACACAGUGCUGACGAACAACGGCACGAGCAACGGCAACGGCCUCAACUACGACAACUUCCUCGAGGCGACGGGUCUCAGCAACAAGUCCAUCCUCACGCCUUCGCGGCUGCUCAGCAACCACAAGAGCAUGCUCAAGCCCAAGGACGUGAAGUACAAGAGCAAGAUCAAGGCGAGCGCGGUGCUCGAGAGGCACGGCAUCAGCCUGAGCAGCAUCCCGGGCUCGGCUUCCAGCACGACGCAUACCAAGCACUGGACCGGACCGUUUGUUUGACGAUUGGCCAAACGUGUCCUGCCUGAUAGCGCGCUUCGGUGGGGAUCCGGCAGCUCGUCCGCCUCGUCGGCCUCAUCCGAGUCCAAGUCCUCGAGUAGCUGACGAUAGCCUCGAUAAGCAAUGUCCUUGAAAAGGCUGCUGCUUAGCUGGUUGCCCUCGCCAAUUCGCAACGGACUUUUCUCGUUCUGAGCGAUGCGUUCUCCGAAUGCAAUUCGCUGUACAGCUGUUGAGAUGACGAUGAUUAAUUGUUACCCCGUAAGACUGUACAUACGUAGUGAGUCGCCUUUUUUACUAUUUUAUGGAAAAUCGCGAGUGCCGAGUAAGCUCGAGGCGGUUUUAUUUAUAUUUGCGUUGUGAUUCGAGUCUUUUAGCCGAUUGAUUUCAAGAAAUUCUUAUUUUUGUAAAGAGGACGCGAGAGCCUAUCGCUUCAUGAGUCAUCGCUUCAUCCAAUCGUUUCGUGAUAAUUUAUUCCAUUAUAUGAUUAAUUUAAAAGGCAUCGCUUGCUCUAUCUGAAGAGAUGUAACAUACAAGUGCAACUAGUAGGCUAAGCUUUCGAUCUUUUCAAUGACAUAUGAAAACUAGUGACUAAGCAUAGCGGCCGCGUAAGGUGUAAAUAGAACGUAAUGAAUGUGCGAAUUUUUCAAUUUUAGUGUUGAGACAUAAAAAACAAAUGUACUUAUUCGUGUCUGUUAUAUCGUUGUCACUAUUAACGUAUUUUGUACAAUUAUUUUUAAACGGAAACAUUUCGUAUGUGUGUUGUUCAACUAUUGCAUAAUAUGUAUCCUUUUCUACUUCUUUAGAAAAGUAUCACACUUGCACCAAUACUAAAUACAGCUGUAAGUAAAAAUGUUAUUUAUGUAAAUAUAUGCUAGUAUCUAUAAAAGAGUAAUAUUAAAUAUAAAAAAUAAUGGAUCUAUAUAACGCGUUCGACCGGUGACGUCAACGUGGCAUGUAAAAUCAAGUCAUAAAUUUAUUUUAAUAAAAAUAUGUAUUAUCGAAUCAAAUUUUAA